AUCCUUAAUACUAGACGUUGAUUAUACUAGCUUUUGAAAAAAAAAAAAAAGGAGAAAUCUCAAUCAGCAUGGCAAUUACCAUAGCAUUAUUUCUCAUUUCACUUCUCACACUCUCUCCACUUAGCAGUUCAUUGAGCUUGAACUACUACCAGAAAACCUGCCCUGAUGCCGAAAUUAUCAUCGCGGGCACAGUCAAGAACGCGGCUGGGAAGGAAAAAACUGUGCCAGCUGCUCUACUUCGGAUGCAUUUCCACGAUUGCUUUAUUCGGGGAUGUGAUGGCUCUGUGCUCCUGAACUCCAAAGGGGACAACAAGGCGGAAAAGGACGCGCCGCCCAAUGGCUCGUUGCACGCAUUUUAUGUGAUCGACGACGCCAAGAAGGCGCUCGAACAGCAUUGCCCAGGAGUGGUCUCUUGCGCCGAUAUCUUGGCCCUGGCUGCCCGAGAUGCUGUUGUGCUGGUAGGAGGGCCGACUUGGGAGGUACCAAAGGGAAGAAAAGAUGGAAGAACAUCAAAAGCAAGUGAGACAGCUCAGUUGCCUACUCCAUCCUUCAACUUAUCUCAACUUCGGCAGAGCUUCUCCCAGAGGGGUCUCUCCAUGGACGACUUGGUCGCUCUCUUGGGAGGCCACACUCUUGGGUUCUCCCACUGCUCCUCAUUCGAGAACAGGCUCCGCAACUUCAACUCCACCCACGACAUCGACCCAUCAAUGCACCCUUUCUUCGCAGCAAGCUUAAGAAGCAUGUGCCCAGUCAAGGGGAGGCCGAAGAAUGCAGGCGCCCCAAUGGAUCCGUCUUCCACGACGUUUGACAACACGUACUACAAGCUGAUCCUCCAAGGCAAAGGACUCUUCUCGUCGGACCAAGCGCUUCUCGCCAACCCUAAGACUAAGGGCUUGGUUACCAAGUUCGCAAGCUCUCACGAGGCUUUCGUGGACGCAUUUGCCAAGUCUAUUAUCAAGAUGAGCAGCAUCACGGGUGGACAGGAGGUCCGGAAGGAUUGCAGGGUAGUGAACUGAUUAAUAAAGGUUAUAGCUAGUGCUUAUUAUAUGUUCGUUAUCACAUCUGCUGUCUAUAUAACAUCUUGAGAUGAUGUUCUAUCGAGAGUCAGUAGGUGUAAUGCAUAGGAAAGGUGAAGAAAGGGCCACUAAGUGGACCUAACCUUCGCCGCUUCCCUGUAAUUUCAAUUCAUCCUAGAAGAAGUAUCGUUUUAUUAAUCAUACUAUUUUUAGUGUCA